AUGGCUGAGAAAAUUGCAGUUGUGGAAAAUUUGCUGAGCUGCUAUCUGUGUUCAGAGACUUUCAGAGAUCCAGUGUCUCUGAGCUGCAGCCACAGCUUCUGUUCAAGCUGCCUGCAGAAGUUCUGGGAACAAACUAAGAACAAGAACUGUCCUGUUUGUAAAAGAAGAUCCUCAAAGGAUGAUCCAUCCGUAAAUCUCUCUCUAAAGGAACUAGCAGACGAGUUGAAAAUGAGUCCGAGUGAGACUCCAUCUGUGAUGGAAACAGAAAGGAAGAAGAAGAGAGACGAGGUGCUGUGUGAUUUAUUUCUUCCAGCUAAAGAGUCAGCCAGUUCCUUUAGUGAAAAGUUCACUUUUGGACAGUCAUUUGAGGAUCUUCUUUUACAAAUAGGACAGUUCUUGUUCUUAGUUUGUUCCCAGAACUUCUGCAGGCAGCUUGAACAGAAGCUGUGGCUGCAGCUCAGAGACACUGGAUCUCUGAAAACUUUCGGAGAUCCAGUGUCUCUGAGCUGCAGCCACAGCUUCUGUUCAAGCUGCCUGCAGAAGUUCUGGGAACAAACUAAGAACAAGAACUGUCCUAUUUGUAAAAGAAGAUCCUCAAAGGACUUUCCACCAGUGAAUUUUUCACUGAAGGAACUGGCUGACUCUUUAGCUGGAAGAAAAAAGUCACCUGAGGGUGAAAACAGAGAAAACGUUUCCAUGGGCUUCAGCUCAGGGAGACACAGCUGGGAGGUGGAGGUGGGAGAUCAUCCUGCCUGGAGAGUGGGUUUGGUUAAAGAGUCAGUUGACAGGAAGGGAGAGCUGUACGCUUCACCAAAAUAUGGGAUCUGGAGUUUAUGGCAUGGUGAUGGAAAUUAUUCUUGUGCUGGUGAGACUGUGACAGUGAAGAAGAGUCUCCAGAGGAUCAGAGUCCAGCUGGACUAUGACAUGGGGGAGGUGUCCUUCUACAACUCUGAAGACAUGACUCCCAUCUACACUCACAGAGACACUUUCACUGAAAAACUCUUCCCUUUUUUGGGACUAAAGACGCUAAAACCUCUGAUAUCAAAAUCUGUUAAAUUCGUGAGAUGUGGAGACACAAAGCAGAAGCUUCCUGAAAACCCAGAGAGAAACAUUAACUACAACACUGUGUUUGGCUCUGAGGGCUUCAGCUCAGGGACACACAGCUGGGAGGUGGAGGUGGGAGAUCAUCCUCGCUGGAAUGUGGGUUUGGUUAAAGAGUCAGUUAACAGGAAGGGAAAGCGAUCUGCUUCACCAGAAUAUGGAGUUUGGUUUUUAUUGCAUGAUAAUGGGAAAUAUACCAAUGGUGCUGGUAAGACUGUGACAGUGAAGAAGAGUCUCCAGAGGAUCAGAGUCCAGCUGGACUAUGACAUGGGGGAGGUGUCCUUCUACAACUCUGAAGACAUGACUCACAUCUACACUCACAGAGACACUUUCACUGAAAAACUCUUCCCUUAUUUCAAUCUCCACUUCAGCCCCGUCAUUCUGGACCCAAACACGGCACACGGCAUUCUCUAUCUGUCUGAUGAUCUGACCAGCGUGAGAUGUGGAGACACAGAGCAGAAGCUUCCUGAAAACCCAGAGAGAAACAUUAUGUACACCUCUGUGUUUGGCUCUGAGGGCUUCAGCUCAGGGACACACAGCUGGGAGGUGGAGGUGGGAGAUCAUCCUGAAUGGAGAGCGGGUUUGGUUAAAGAGUCAGUUGACAGGAAGGGAAAGCUGUACCUUUCACCAGAAUAUGGAUUCUGGUGUUUAUUGCAUGGUGAUGGAGAAUAUACCAAUGGUGCUGGUAAGACUGUGACAGUGAGGAAGAGUCUCCAGAGGAUCAGAGUCCAGCUGGACUAUGACAUGGGGGAGGUGUCCUUCUACAACUCUGAAGACAUGACUCACAUCUACACUCACAGAGACACUUUCACUGAAAAACUCUUCCCUUAUUUCAGUGUUGGUCCAGCUAAAGACGCUAAAACCUCUGAUAUCAAAAUCUGUUAA